UUUUAACUUCAGCAGAUCACAGUCUCCCUCUGAGUUUCAGUCUUUGAAAGAUGAGGAGUCUCAUCUUCAUAGUGGUGACCUCACUUGUGAUCAUCAUAGCAGCUGCGAUUCCUUUGGAGGAGCUAAAAUAUGGAGAUAUAAUUGCCUUCCCUCGUAAAACAGUAUGCGGCGUCCGUUACACUUACAAGCAUUAUGGUAUUUUCCUGGACAAAAAGAGAUUCCCAGACCAAAAAGAAGACGACAACCUAUUUCACUUCACAGGUCCAAUCCCAACAAAAACGUUGUCCGGCUGCGUCUUUGAUAAAUUAAAACCUGGUGAUGUAAUCGAGCGUGACAAUUUCCUGGACGACAUUCCACUGAUCAAGGAAAACAAAUUAGUUUCUGAAGAUCGCAUAACAAAACGAAUUGCAGAAAAGUAUAAAAGCUGUAAGAUGUGGGAGCCCACUAAGAACAACUGUGAACAUCUCUCUACCUACGUGCGUUAUGGAUUAAAAAUUUCACUUCAGUGUGGCCAAAAUGCAGCAAAGAUAGUCAAGAACCCUGACGUCCACCCGACCAUUCUUAAAAAGAUAAAAACACAACUUGAAUUUAAGAAACUAGAGGAAGAAAUGGAGUUGAAUUUAUAUAUAGCAGAAGGAUUUUGGGGUGAGGACUGCAACGCAGGUGCAAACGGUGGCUGAAAUGCAUCAUUUCCUGUUAACACCUUCAAGUUCUGUUUCUGUUGUUCUGUCACAACAUAUGAGGCCCAAAAAUUAAUAAAAUAUUCAGAACUUUGA